UCCUGGCAGAAGAUCAGCUGGCCCAGAUGUCCAAGCAGCUGGACAUGUUCAAGACCAACCUGGAGGAGUUUGCCAGCAAACACAAGCAGGAGAUCCGGAAGAACCCCGAGUUCAGGGUGCAGUUCCAGGACAUGUGUGCCACCAUUGGAGUGGAUCCUCUGGCAUCUGGGAAAGGAUUCUGGGCAGAGAUGCUGGGAGUUGGAGACUUUUACUACGAGCUGGGGGUGCAGAUCAUUGAAGUUUGCCUGGCUCUGAAACACAGGAAUGGAGGUCUGAUAACACUGGAAGAGCUUCAUCAGCAGGUGCUGAAGGGAAGGGGGAAGUUUGCUCAGGAUGUCAGCCAGGAUGAUCUCCUUCGUGCCAUCAAGAAACUGAAGGUCUUGGGGAAUGGCUUUGGGAUUAUCCCUGUUGGUGGAACAUACCUGAUCCAGUCUGUCCCAGCUGAACUGAACAUGGAUCACACUGUGGUGCUGCAGCUGGCAGAGAAAAAGGGCUUUGUGACUGUCAGUGAGAUCAAGUCCAGCCUCAAGUGGGAGACAGAACGUGCAAAGCAAGUGCUGGAACACUUGCUGAAGGAGGGGAUGGCCUGGCUGGACACGCAGGCAGAGGGGGAAGCCCAGUACUGGCUGCCUGCUCUCUUCACAGAGCUCUACUCUCAGGAAAUCACUCCAGAGGAAGCCAAGGAGGCAAUUCCUUGACUGCUACACAUCCUGUGCCUGUAGAGAACUCUUCUUGGGCUGUUAUUUGCAUAUCACCUGCAACACAGGGACAGCAGACUGGAAAUAAAAGUUUUCUAGAA